UGGACAUUGAUUAGUUAAUUUGAUUAUUUCUAAGUCUAUAGAGACAUACCAUUAGCAAGUUUGGCUAUUCAAACAAAUAAAUUGGGAAAGAAAAUAUGGUGCCUGUAAACUUUAUGCAUAAUUUACGAAACCAACUGUUGUCAAACUUGUUCGGAUUUUCUCACCUCCGAGAGAAGAGAUUGACAGAGGACCUUAAAACAGAUCAACAAAAUUGACAUGUUUUGUGAAAUAUUGCUGUGAGUUCUAGAACUAAGAGUUUAGUGGCUCCCAAAGUCGACUUCGAUGAUGAAAGACAAAAUGAAUUACAGAUGUAUCAUGUGGUUGGCUGUACUACAUAUGAUUAUGCUUAUAUCUAUUACGAAAGGAUGCACGUUUCCGAAGUUUGUUACGAGAAGAAGUAUGUGGAUAGCGACAUAUGACAACGAAGCUUCAUUGAGGUCGAAAAUUACCAAGGAUACAAUAGAAUCCUCGUAUUGUACAAAUAAUGGUCUUGUAUGCGCUGAGUCCAUCCGAAAAUGUAAUGAAACUCGAGAGCAUGACAAAUUUAUAGUGGAACAUACCGAAAAAACACAACUUCUUGCCGAAACUGAAUAUUUAUGUAUUCAGUUUUUGAGACAAUCAGAUGACGUCAUACAAAUUAAAACAUCAACAAAAAUGUCUGUGAAAAGUCCAUCGAUGUGCGAUAAUUUGAAUCUUGAUCAUUGGCCCAUGACAUCACCAAGUUUUCAAACGGCUCCUCCAAUAAAAUGCCCAUUUUCAGGAGGUUUCAAUAUGCAAAUUCGUAAAAGUGGAAAGCAACUUUGUGCGAACAAAAUUCCGAGGGCAAGAAUGGAAAGUGAAUGCGGAUCAGGAACAGGAAUUAUGUUCGACUUUAAACACGAGGAAUGUAUUCAUAAUAAUUUGAAAAUGAACCUGAAUCAGCACGUUGAUUGUAUGGCCGAAUGGACGACUGGCAAUGAAAAAUUCGUUAUCCUUAGACCUGAUUCUGAUGACUUUCAGCCAUAUUGUCUACGAAUAACGUCACAUUCUUAUGACGUAAUUACAGCAUAUUUAUUUAUGGAUUUUGUUUGCGACCCUGGGAACUCUUUUGGGAUUCCAUCGAAAACUGUCAAUUAUUUGUCAAUAACGUUUAAAAAACACAUCAUCAAUUCUCUUUGUGAAGAUGAAUUCCAAGAAUGUGCAGAGAGCAAAUUUUGCGAAUCUGACAUGGAAGCUCAUUGUAAGAAAUCUUGUUACCACUGUCGACCGGAAGCUAAUAUAUGCGCAAUACCGGAAUACAUAAAAGGGUAUUGGGGAAUAUUACAAACAAAUAUUACAAAUUUUGUCAACGUGUCGACAUAUGAAUUCUACCAGAAGGAUAUGGGCAAAAUGCAAUGUCUAAAAUCAAACUACACGGACAAAAACCAUAUAAUUUUACUUCAAAUGUUUGAAAAUGGUUGUUAUCCAAAGUUUUCUUGCAUGGAGGUAUUUCAAUCAUCGCCCUCAAUACGACAGAUUCGAUUUGGCAAACGUAUUUCCUGGCCAGUUUUCCCGCUUGAUAAUGUUGGAAAAUUAGCAUGCGCGGAGAGUCAGUUUUUAACAAAUAUUGUAGUUGGUAAAAGUAAAGAAAGUGUUGAAAUUCAGAAUACUACGUUAAUUGAUCCUAGAAUUCACACUGGUGUAGAUUGUGGCUUGUCGGAAGAAUUCGGAAAUGAUGUUUAUUCUUUAUAUUUUCAAGAAGGUGCAAAAUGUGAUGGUUGCGUUACCUUUGAUGCUAAGCAUGACAAAACUGUUUUCACUAUAAGCACAAUUGACUGUUCAACAGCAGAAAAAGAAAUAAUUUAUUUAUGCUUAGCAUCUUUCAAAUUAAACACAAACUCAACGACAGCCAUAAUAACGAAACGAAAAUCAGAUGUUUCUGAGUUCCUGUGCUGGGUGUUUACUAGAAGUGGUGCUAUUCGGAAACUUCUUGUGUUGAAUGUUUCAGACUGUAACGAAUUAUCUAUUAGACUAGUCUUGGAUGGAGAUUUAAAGCCAAAAGCUAGCUUUGACAUAAUUGAAAGUCCUCUAAAAACUUGUCCAAAGCGUGAAUCAAUAAGCAUAUACAAAAGCGUAAGUAAAAACCAACGGAAUGCUGGAGAAGACGUGAAAUAUUUUGUUUCCGAUAACAUUCGUAGUGGUGCUCCUUCAUACAGGCAAAACUUAGUUAGUAUUUUCAUUAUGCUUACAGCCGUACUUUACACACAGUUUUCGGUAUAGACUAUCGGUAAUUGCUAUAUUUUGUUGUAAGUCAUAAAAUCAUUUUGA